AGCUGUUCGUCAUAUGUGAUUAGACUUUUUCCUCUGAUUCCGAUGGGCCGGGUGUAUUACAGACAUGUAAAGUAGCAAAUGGAUAGUAUUUUUCCUGAUCUUCACCUUUGCCCCGCACCCAUCAAUCCUUUCACCUCUCUAGAAACAACUACCCUAAACUUUCCCCUUUUCUCGUACUCUGACUCUUCUGAACUUCGUACGCCAUCCACCAACCUUUGUAUCUUCCUUCAAUGGCUGCUUCCCCUUCUCUGGCUGAGCAAUAUUCCUUGCCAAAUGAUGAGAAGCCUGUUGAAGCAAAACCUGUUGAGGAAGUAAAGAUUGAGAAUCCAGUGGAAGUAGUUCCCGAGAAAACUGAAGAAGCACCUGCUGCUGUUGAAGAGAGUAGUGAAGCGCCCUCCGCUCCAGUUGUUGAAGAAAAUAGUGAGGCACCUUCUGCUGUAGCUGUUGAGAGCAGUGAAGCUGUAGCUGAGGCUGCUGAAAUGAGCACUGAGGAUUCUGCUCCAACAGCUGAUGAAAGCAGUGAAGCUCCCGAGCAAGAAGAAUCUGGAAGUGAAGAGGCUCCUGAAGUAAAGCUUGAGACUGCACCUGCAGAUUUUCGAUUCCCAACCACGAAUCAAACAAGGCAUUGUUUUACCCGGUACAUUGAGUAUCACCGGUGUGUAGCUGCCAAGGGUGAAGAUGCGCCUGAGUGUGAUAAAUUUGCAAAGUACUAUCGUUCCCUCUGCCCUGGUGAAUGGAUUGACAGGUGGAAUGAGCAAAGGGAAAACGGCACCUUUCCCGGCCCUCUGUAAAACGAGUUGAUGCUAAGUUGUAUUCAUGUGGUUACACUGAUGUUGUCCAUUUUCUGAGAGGGGAACUGCUGCCAAAAUGAAAUUUCAUAAACUUAGGCUCUUGUCCUUUGGAACUAAUUUGAGUCCAAAAAAUAUGUACUUUUUUGGUCACAUAAUAAUUUUGUGUAUUCAUCCUUUUAAGUGUUAUCUAAGUCAUGACACUCAGUUAUUGUAGUCAGCUCCAACGCUCUCCUUUUUUACAAACUACUGAUAGAGUGAGAAUAAUGCGGCCCAUUCAUGAUUUCAUCAUUGUGUUUGGAUUACCUCCCCUCUCAAAUUAUCACAAAUUCUUAAAUGAUAUGGUUUCCUGGUAAGACUAUUUCUAUUGA